AUGACCGCGGCUACAGCAGCCGUGAUGAUAGAUAUAGUCGCGACGACAGAGGAUACGGUGGAGGUGGUGGAGGCGGACGAGAUGACCGUUACGACAGCAGUCGUGAUGACAGAUAUAGUCGCGACGACAGAUACGGUGGAGGCGGCCGUGACGACCGCGACAGAGACAGAUACAGAGACGACAAGUACGACCGUUAUGACCGUCACGAUGAUCGUCACCGCGACUAAACCCUCAAGAUGCAUCAACACAGCGCAUAUGGAUGGAUUCAUUGUU